CCUUUAUAAAUCUCAAUUCAAGAAACCCCACGACAUUGCUACACGAGCCAAGACAAGAAAGAAAGGGAAAAGAAAAAUAUGGUCACCCCUCUUCAAGUUUUCUCUACUACUACUACUGCUGCUGCUGCUGCUACAAAGUCACCAUCUUCUUCUACCUUAAGCUCCAUGAAGAUCAAAACCCUAAUUCACACUCUCAUUAUGUCACACGUGUGCAGGAUCGUUCGAGCUCUAUCAAAAGCAAAAUCAAUCCUUGUUCAGAUUCUUAAAGAAAACCAACCUAUAAACUUCAUUUACCCUACAAAAGCUACAAAGAGAAAGCACAGAGAAAGAAAGAUAUUCUUUGGUUCAUUUAGGUUGCACUACAACUGGUGUUCUUCACAUGUAUUACCAGUUCCAGCGCCAGUGCUUGAUGGGUUUUCUUCUACACCUCAUUUGUACUAUGAUUCAACGUGGAAUUCCAUUAUUACUACAAGUGAUGAACACGACGAGUCGUCUCAGCUUUCGGGGUACCUUCGAUGGCUAGAAGAGAAGAAGGUAAAUCAAGAAAACUCUACUACUAAUAAUAAUAAUAGUAAUAACAGUAAUGGAGAUCAAGGAGAUGUUGUGAAUGAGAUAGAUCGGUUAGCAGAUAUGUUCAUAGCAAGUUGCCAUGAAAAGUUUAGAUUGGAGAAACAAGAAUCAUACAGGAGAUUCCAGGAGAUGAUGGCCAGAAGCAUGUGAAUGUGAAUGUGAUGAGGAUAUUUCUUUUUCUUUCUUUCUUUCUUUCUUUUUUUUUUUUUUUUCUUUUUGCUUUCCCAUUCUUCUAUGUUAAUUACAUUGGUGGGGUGAGGAAAGUACAUAGUGAUGGUAUUUAAUUUAGUAAGUGCAAUAUUGAAUUAUGGGUAUUUAAUUCUUUUCUUCCCUUUUGAUUUUUUUACUUUUUGAUGAAAUUGGUAGCUGGGAGUGUCAAGAGGAAUUGUACAUGGAUUUUGGAAGGUGUAGGAAAGGGAGAGAGACAGGGUAAUUUGUGCAAUUCUUUUCUUGAAAUUGGUACUAAUUAAUGCUUGCAACUUGGAA